AUGGCUGCGAAAAUCGCCUUGCUCUCGGUAUCCGAUAAAACGGGGCUCCUCGACCUCGCCAAAGCGCUUCACGGCGUGGACGUCAAGCUUGUUGCCUCCGGAGGGACUGCAAAGGCCAUUCGCGAUGCUGGGCUUCCCGUCGAAGACGUGGCUGAUAUCACAAAGGCCCCUGAGAUGCUUGGAGGCCGUGUGAAGACACUGCAUCCCGCUGUUCACGGAGGUAUCCUGGCUCGCGACAUCGAUCAGGACAACGCGGACAUGAAAGCCCGUGGAUAUGACAAGAUCGACUUCGUUGUUUGCAACCUGUACCCUUUUGAGAAGACUGUUGCCAAAGCGGGUGUCACCAUCCCGGAGGCUGUCGAGGAAGUCGACAUUGGCGGUGUGACACUCCUUCGCGCUGCCGCGAAGAACCACGCUCGCGUGACGAUCGUCUCGGACCCCACGGAUUACCCUGCGCUCAUCGCCGAGUUGCAGAAGAGCUUUAAAGAAACUGGCGCUGCCACCGUCUCCGAAGGUAACCGUCAGAAGUUCGCCUUGAAGGCGUUCACACAGACCGCGGACUACGACACGGCUAUCUCUGGAUACUUCAGGCAGCAGUAUGCGGGCAAUGGCACCCAGCAACUGACCCUGAGGUAUGGUGCAAACCCGCAUCAGAAGCCUGCCCAGGUCUUCACCAAGCACGGGGACCUGCCGUUCAAGGUUCUCGCUGGUUCUCCUGGUUACAUCAACCUGUUGGACGCUUUGAACGCAUGGCCGCUGGUUAAGGAGCUCAAGCAAGCUCUGGGUCUCCCUGCAGCCGCCUCCUUCAAACAUGUCUCUCCAGCAGGCGCUGCUGUCGGCAUUCCCCUGAGCGAAGAGGAAAAGAAGGUCUAUGCCGUUGAGGACGUAGAGCUGACACCCAUUGCAGCCGCAUACGCCCGUGCUCGCGGUGCUGACCGCAUGUCGUCCUUCGGUGACUGGAUCGCGCUUUCCGACGUCUGCGAUGAAGCCACUGCAAAGAUCAUCUCCCGUGAAGUUUCCGACGGUAUCAUUGCCCCUGGCUACACCGCAGGUGCUUUGGAGACUUUGAAGAAGAAGAAGGGUGGCAAGUACACCGUUCUCGAAAUGGACCCCAAGUUCGACCCGGAUUCCACCGAGACUCGUCAGGUCUACGGGUUGCACUUACAACAGAAGAGGAAUGAUCUCCUCAUCACCAAGGAUGUGUUCAAGAACGUCGUCACCAAGAAGAUCACAUCGUUGCCGGAGAGUGCCGUCAGGGACUUGAUAGUUGCUACCAUUGCCUUGAAGUACACCCAAUCGAACUCUGUGUGCUACGCUAAGAACGGACAGGUUGUUGGACUCGGAGCUGGACAGCAGUCUCGCAUUCACUGUACACGGUUAGCGGGCGACAAGGCCGACAACUGGUGGAUGCGCCACCACCCCUCCAUCCUCUCCUUCAAGUUCAAACCCUCAACGAAACGCGCCGACAAGGCGAACGCCAUCGACCUCUUCGUCACCGACCAGAUCGACGACCAGGCCUCCUGGGAAGCCCUUUUCGAGACCGUUCCCACUCCCUUGACCGCCGAGCAGCGCGCCGAAUGGAAGUCCAAGCUGACUGAUGUCGUGCUCAGCUCUGAUGCGUUCUUCCCAUUCUCGGACAACGUGCAGCGCGCCGCCAGGAGUGGAGUCAAGUACGUUGCUGCCCCUGGCGGCAGUGUCAUGGAUGAUGCUGUUGUGAAGGAGGCUGAUGAUAAGGGUAUUGCUUACGCGUUCACGGAGUGGAGGUUGUUCCACCACUGA